AGCCAGGGUUUAGAAACCGGAUUCCGGCUCUGUGCCUGGGCUGUGCCUGCUGCCCGCGGAUGGCUGCUGGGGCGGAGAGGUUCGGAGGUUUCAGGGGCAUUUUGUCCUUUCCCACUUCUGGGGCGUGGGCUCCCUCUGGACGAUCCCGUCGGUCCUUCCUGCUCUGACACCCCCGGGUCUGGCUCCACUUCCACCAGCCCGCAGCUCAGCCGCGCGCCUCUCCAGCUCGUCGAUGACCGGCUCCCAGCCGUGACCCAGGCCCUCCCUCAGAGCGCGCGCCGCCUGGGGUAUCUGUCCCCUCGCGGGGGUGUCGCCGCCCCUCGGCGCCGCCAAACGCUAGCCGCUGAGCCCUGGCGCCCCUGGCAGGAGCACGGCGAGGACGCCUCCCUGGACUGCACCGCGGCCCUGCGCACCCGGGGCGGCGCUGCGGGGCGCGGGGGGCGGCGGGCCGGGCGGGCGCGCUGAGCAGACAGCUGAGGGACGCCGCUGAGGGCGCGGCGCGCGGGGCGCGGCCGGAGCGCCUUGAAGGGCCAGUGGCGAGGGGGCGCGGGCACUGCCGGAAGCUGGGGCGGGGCGCCCGGUGGGAUGCGGUGAAGGGCGAGCGGCGAGGCGGCGGCGAUGAGUGCCUCUGCGGCCACCGGGGUCUUCGUGCUGUCCCUCUCGGCCAUCCCGGUCACCUAUGUCUUCAACCACCUGGCAGCCCAGCAAGAUUCCUGGACUAUUGUAGGGGUUGCUGCCCUCAUCCUGUUCCUGGUAGCCUUGUUGGCUCGUGUCCUCGUCAAAAGAAAACCACCCCGGGACCCGCUGUUCUAUGUGUAUGCAGUUUUUGGAUUUACCAGCGUGGUGAACCUCAUCAUAGGACUGGAGCAAGAUGGAAUCAUUGACGGGUUCAUGACACACUACUUGAGAGAGGGUGAACCGUAUCUGAACACUGCAUAUGGGCACAUGAUCUGCUACUGGGAUGGCUCUGCUCAUUAUCUGAUGUACCUGGUGAUGGUGGCAGCCAUAGCAUGGGAGGAAAGUUACAGAACCAUUGGCCUAUAUUGGGUUGGAUCUAUUAUUAUGAGUGUGGUUGUUUUUGUGCCAGGAAACAUUGUAGGGAAGUAUGGAACACGAAUUUGCCCUGCUUUUUUCUUAAGCAUACCAUAUACUUGUCUUCCUGUCUGGGCUGGUUUCAGAAUUUAUAAUCAGCCAUCAGAAAAUUAUAAUUACCCCUCAAAGGUUAUUCAAGAAGCCCAAACAAAAGACCUGCUGAGAAGACCAUCUGAUUUAGUGUUUGUCGUGUGUCUCCUCCUUGCAACUGGAUUUUGCCUGUUCAGAGGUUUGAUUGCUUUGGAUUGCCCAUCUGAGCUCUGCCGAUUAUAUACGCAAUUUCAAGAGCCCUAUCUAAAGGAUCCUGCUGCUUAUCCUAAAAUUCAGAUGCUGGCAUAUAUGUUCUAUUCUGUUCCCUACUUUGUGACUGCACUGUAUGGCUUAGUAGUUCCUGGAUGUUCCUGGAUGCCUGACAUCACACUGAUACAUGCUGGAGGUCUGGCUCAGCAAAUACUUGCUUAUGAAAUGGAGUCUCCUCUUAGGGGAGUAUCUGACACAUUCAUCACAGAAAGCACUUUCCAGCCAAGUGUGGUGGCUCAUGCCUAUAAUCCCAGCACUUUAGGAGUCCAAAGUGGGUGGAUUGUUUGAGGUCAGGAAUUUGAGACCAGCCUGGGCAACAUGGUAAAACCCCAGCUCUACAAAUACAAAAAUUAGGCUGCAUGAUGGCACGUGCCUGUAGUCCCAACUACUAGGGAGGCUGAGGUGGGAGGAUCACUUGAAUUCCGGAGGCUGAGGUUGCAGUGAGCCAAGAUUGUGUCACUGUACUCUCCGGCCUGGGAGAGACCCUGUCUCUCUCCCCACCCCCAGAAAAAAGGCACUUUCUGUCAACUUCCAUCAGCAUCUUUGCUUGCUAAAAUUGCCAUUCUUAUUUAGAAGCCUUAUGCAUUCAUGAUCCCACUAACUGUACUAAAACGUACUUUUAUUGAAACAUCUAGUGAACUCUCAAGAGUCUACUUAACUUAGUAAGAAAAAAAACUUUGAAAAGUUCUUCAUCAGUAUAGGCCAAUGGAAGAAAUACUGAAUAGUGGCCGGGCUCGGUGGCUCAUGCCUGUAAUCCCUGCAUUUUGGGAGGACAAGGUAGGUGGAUCACCUGAGAUCAGGAGUUUGAGACCAGCCUGGCCAACAUGGUGAAACCCUGUUUCCAUUAAAAUGCAAAAAAAUUAGCCAGGUGUGGUGGUAGGCAUCUGUAAUCUCAGCUACUUGGGAGGUUGAGGCAGAAGAAUCGCUUCAACUGAGGAGGUGGAGGUUGCUGCGAGCUGAGAUCGCGCCAUUGUACUCCAGCCUGGGUAACAAAGCGAGGCUGUCUUAAAAAAAAAAAAAAGAAAUAGUGAGUAGUUAUUGGGUUCCUGAUUUCAGACCAUGUAAUGCAGGAGUCUGCCAAAUCUGCUGCCUUCAGAAUCAAAAGAUCAAGGAAAGAGUAAAAGACUGAAUAAAAUGAAACCAGGACACAUUUUAGACCAGAGUUCCACUGGGGAUUUACUAAUAACCCGGCUAUCUCUUCAUACAAAAUGUUAACCAUAGGAUUAAAGCUGCAAGCGUAAUUUGAAAGGCAUUAUAGGCUGCUUAGAUCCACUUAUUAGCAUUUCCUAUCAAUUGAAGCAUUUUCUCUGCUAAAAUAUCACUGAAAAAGAAAAAAAAAGUUAGAGCCAGUAGAGUUCAUAUGGUUAGGAGCAUAAGUUCUGGAGGUGGACUGGUUCAUAUUCUAGCCUGUUUUUGAUGAGGAUAAUGACCAGGGCUACUUUACUUCUCUGAUCCUCAGUUUCCUCUUCUGUAAAGCGAGGAUAACAACAGUAGCUUUCUCAUGGAGCUUCUGUGAUGGUUGGAUGAGGUAAUAUAUGUAAAGGGCUUAGAACAGUCUGGCACAUAACAGCUAUGUGCUAACAGCUAUCUUUGUUGCUAUUACUACUGGUAGAAGACUCCCUGUAAGAUUUUGGAGGAGAGAUGCCUUAUGUUACUCAGAAGAUUAAUCUGUAGACAAACUAAUUAAAUUACAUGUAUUGUAUAUAAUUACCAAGAAAACAAAGAAACUGGGAGAAAGCUUUGGGACAGACUCACCAAGGGCCUGGUAAGGAGCCUGCCAUCACACAGCCAGUGAAGCAGGUUCAGUUCCACUUCAGUCAGGUGCUGCCCUCAGGCUCUCUAACUCCCUGGCUAUGUAGGUGCCAUGCCGUGUCUUUUUCUCACAAAGAGAUAUGGAUGCUUAUGUGUGAAUAAUUUGAUUGUGAGGAGUUGACUCUACUGGAAGUAAAUUUAUUUUUUUUAUAAUGUUUUAAAAAAUUCAGACAGGGUCUUGCUAUGUUACCCAGGCUGGUCUUGAACUCCUGGACUCAAGUGACCCUCCUGCCUUGGCCUCCCAAAGUGCUGGGAUUACAGGAAGGAGCCAUCACGCUUAGCCUGGAAGUAAAUUUCAUAUGGUUUUUCCUUCAUGGAGAUGUUAAGAAAAAUCUCAAAGUAAAGGUUCAGGAAGGACAUGGAUAGUUGGGAUACUAAUGCAAAUCUCAUUUUAUUCAUUUGUUUCUGGUGUGAUUCACUGCUAAACAUCUUUAUUUAGUAUUAAAUCAUACUGGAUUUAACAUCUUUAUGCGCUUAUUAUCUUUUCAUGGAGAAACUCAUAGUAAAAAAGUCAAAAACAAAGAGCCCAGGUUUUCAACAAAGUGGAGCACCAGAUCAUGAAUAGGUAUUUUAGUUUUGCAUUUGUGCAAGUACUUGGCACUGUCUAAGCAUGUCACAAACAUCAACUCAUUGAACGCUCAUAACAACCUAUGAGGUGAGUUCCAUACCUCAUCCAAGGCUAUACUGCUGGUUUGUGGUGGAGCUGUGAUUUGACUCUGGAUGUCCAGUUCCAAAGUCAAUGUUCUGAAACCAUUAAACUAUGUUGCUCAGAAAACGCUAAGAAAAGGUAACAGUUCUGGAUUAGCUAUUUAUACUAUAUUAGCCAAAGGGCCUAGCUAUCGUCCCAGUGGGGGUCAUCUUAGAGAAUUAUUCUGCCUAUAACAUUCACAUGGACAUAAAACACUCUUUCAGUUCUUCCUUCUGGAACGAGAAUUGACUUUUUUAGUUAUCCUUUACAGAUUGUCUCUAUACAUUUAAGAAAACAGCUAUUAAAAUUUAACCUUCGUUCACCUCAUGUCUCAUCUGCCAUUCCAAUCAUCUAUUCUUAAAUAAAAAUCAGAGUAUAUCUCUUAAUUAUUUCUGUAAUGUGAAAAUGAUUUAGAAUGAAGUGGAAGAAAAAUUAUUAGGGACUCAAUCUCACACUACUAAAUUCUGGAGAAAUAUCUAGGAUCAACAACUCAUACCUAUAAUACUGGGCCUCCUGUUACUUCAGCAGCACUGAGUUCACUGAGCCUCCUGACCUCAGGCUGAGCCCUUCAGGUCCUGCCAUGAGAGGUGCUGCUGGGAACAUCACCCAGGAGACAACCUGCAGCCCCUUAUUAGCUAUGUGCUUGGGAAGGGAAGGAAACCUCCUCAGGUGAGACUGAGGUUUUUCUGAACUUCAGAACCCUGAACACUUAACAUCUUAUGCCUUAGGAGAAAGCUAUGGUCAGGUGCUCGCUCAGCUGGAGGUGUGGCCACCAUAAAUAUACCCAUUAGAACUAUGAGCAGCACUGGAAGCUGCACACAACUGGCCUCAGAGUUUUUCUCUCACAUAUAAACGCCUCUUUUGAUUAAGAAUGUUAAAAUCUUUGUGUCUUGUUAAAUAAUUGUGAAUAAAGAGGCCUACUAAAAUACAUACAAAAAUAGAGAAAUGCUUUGUAGAUCCUUUUUGUAUUUUGACAGUCACAAGUCCAUUGUUGUUGAAUGUUUAUUGAGCUCUAACAAUGUGAUAGGUGCCACACAAAACAUUAGACACAGUACCUGCCCAGUGGGCUUACAAUCUAAUCUAAGGACAUGAAUCUUUCUUUUUUUUUUUCUUUUUUAGACAGAGUCUCGCUCUGUCACCCAGGCUGCAGUGCAAUGGUGUGAUCUUGGCUCACUGCAACCUCCACCUCCCGGGUUCAAUCAAUUCUCCUGCCUCAGCCUCCCAAGUAGAUGAGAUUACAGGUCCCUGCCACCACGCCUGGCUAAUUUUUUGCAUUUUUAGUAGAGAUGGGGUUUCACUAUGUUGGCCAGGCUGGUCUUAAACUCCUGACCUCAGGUGAUCCACCCACCUUGACCUCCCAAAGUGCUGGGAUUAUAGGUGUAAGCCACUGCACCCAGCCAUGAAUAAUUUUUUAAUUUUGCCAUAAGUUUGCUGUUCACAAAAAUGAGGUAUUAACUGCACUGCUUAGUGCAGGAAAAGAGUCUAUGGAAUCACUGACUUUUUAUGCAGGCUUCCCUAUGCAAGUAGGCACAACUGUUCAUGUUGUAUUUAUUCUCUCAAAGUAUGGUUGGCAUUUCCCCAAAUUUGGUGAUUUUGUGAUGUGUACAAGCAUCUAUACAGACAGAACCACCAAACCCACAUUUUUGUAAAUCAGGGUUCAAAUUUGGCCUCUAGUCCAGAAGAAAAUGUUUGGUUAUAUAUUCAGAAAAACACUACUAUUCAAAAUAGGCCCUAAGGAAAAAUAGUAUGGGAGCUAUGCUCCUGCUCAGAGUUCCUAACAUGUCCAGAAAGUGCCUCCUCACAGCAGCCCUGGAAGUGCUCUUUACUCUCAAGGUCUUUUGCCUUCAGAGCCUAGAGAUGCAAAUAUAUUUGCUGGGUUCUGCCUGGGCAUCUACCCAGGGGAGGUGUAUCUGAGGGCCAAGUCCUUUCAGUGCCUCAUGGAUCACAGUGCAGAUAAUCCACGUGUUGGUCCUUGGCAAUACAUCAUGCUAAUUUAAUUUCUAUCUCAAGUAGCAAAAAUGCACCAGAGGUCUCCAGAAUAUAUCAGGAAUUUGUAAAAAUGCAGCACAUUAAAAUAUGACACUGAUAAAAAUUCAUAAAGAUGCUGCUUAAAAAAAUUUGUCCUUUUCUUGUCACAGUGAAGUCAAGUGGUAACACCUUUAUCUGUGAAUCACUCAGCAGAAUAAAUUGGUUUCAUAUGGAAGGAAAUGUAAACUAACUUACAUGUAUUUAAAGCAAAUUAUUUAGUUCUUCAUUUUUGUUACUUCUAUGCCUUCUUUACAGUACAGUCUUUUGUCUUUCAUCCUGAUGAACUGAUAAUUUACUACUUAUUACAUUUAGAUUCCCAAUCCUUCAUUCAUGUAUAUCUUGAAUUUCAACAAGAUAUAAAAAUGCAGACUCCAGAGCUGCAUUUUAUAAUGAUACAAGCCUUCUGAGGAAAUUCUCUGACAGGAGCUUUUAAUCCUGCUGUGGUCUAUACUACCCUUUCCAAUACAAUUUUCCUCCGAGCUUAUGAAAAAUACAAAAAAAGACCAACUGGCACAUUCUGAAUGUGUUUUCUGAACAAGUAUAUAAGUAGAGAGGGAGGCCAUUUUGCAAAUGCAGAUAAUGCUGGCAAGUCAUACUUCUAAAUAAAUUAUAAUUUGAUUUGAAAAGGUUGCCUGCAUGUACAUUUACCAUUUAACAAAGAGAAACCGAACUCCUACCUCCACUCAAGUUGGUAACAACCUUAUCUUACAAACAAUGCUUACUAUUUUAAAAGCUGCAGAAAAAAUACAUGAAAAAAUGAAUAAACAAAAAAUACAUAGUGAAAGGGCUAUGAACUCUUGCUCCAAGGAGUAGAUGAAAGACUGAUAAAAGAAGCUGAGGUCCCCAGUGCUUCCCUUUCAAUAGUUUGUUAGGCUAAAAAUAUUUCAGUUUUUAAAAAUUCUGUACUUUCUUCAUUUUUAUUGCAACACAAUUUGUGAACCACAACUGAGUCUCUAUGUAGGAUCCUCAGGAUGCAAAUAAGAAAAAAACUUGACAUUUUAUUCAGAUUUUUCUAUUAGACUGAGCCACUAAUGUUUGGUUAGGGGCACUUGGUGGUUAUAAAACACAACUGGCAUGAUAAAACCACACUAAAUAAUGUCUACUUUAUUUGAACAGUUAUAUCAAGAAUGGCCCUAAAUUUAAUCAAUGACUAAAUUUAAUGAAAGACUCUGUACUGUUUGAAGGUAUUUUGCCUGCAGGUGAGACUGGUUUUGAGGCACAGAAACGUAGCCUGAAUGAACCAUUCAGAACUCAUCGUGCAUCCAACUGAACAUGUUUCAUGCUUACCCGAUUUUAUUUUAUUUUUUAAUGCAACAGGCCCAGUUUUCUCACAUUGGUGCUUCUCUUCAUGCUAGAACUGCUUAUGUCUACAGAGUCCCUGAAGAAGCAAAAAUCCUUUUUUUAACAUUAAACAUAGCAUAUGGAGUUUUUCCUCAGCUCUUGGCCUAUCGUUGUAUCUACAAACCAGAGUUCUUCAUAAAAACAAAGGCAGAAGAAAAAGUGGAAUAAAAAUAUUACUUCAUGUUCUUCCUUUCUAAAUUACUGACUUUUGUUAUACUGGUACUGAUAUUUUGUCCCAUUUCACUCUCUUCCCAUAUAUGAAUGCUUAAGAAUAUGUACAUUCUUGCUCUGCACUGUAUAUGUGAGCUAUAUGGUAUUGUAUGAGUACAUUUUUUUUGAAGGAAAACUGCAAUUCUUGAGAAACAGUUUGUAUAAAGAAACAGAAUCAUUUGUGAAUAAACCUGACCAUCCAUCUCAA